AUACCGGUAGUACUAACGGAUAUUCUUAUCCCUUAUUCCAUGACUGAAGCACCAUCCACUUCCCGAAAUUGCUGGCCUUGUGUUGAAAGUGAAACCAAUUUUUCGUGCGCAUGCGCAGUAAACGUACUUCCGCCUCCAUUCAUUGCAUCUUGACAAAUUUGUCUCCUGACAGAAUUUCUCUUAACUCCCAAAACCAUUUAUGAUACAUUUCUCUACCACCAUCCUUUAUAAAAAACAUUUCCAAUAUCAGAUGACAUUGGAAUAACAGAAGAUACAUUCUCAUUAUUUAUCAUCUUUUAAAGACCCAAAUGAAAAUAUUGUACAGAGCAGAUAUAUAUCAUUGUUUCUAUAAGUGGGUGGUAGAAUUCCUCUGAUAUAUUUACUCUGAAAUGUGUUAUUAGCAAACUUUCUGGACAUCACCGGCUGGAGUGUCUACAAGAUGAGUCUGGUUGCAAAUUAAACUUGGAUAAAUUUGCUACAGAGUUUUAGGUCAAAGGUGACACUGGACAGAAAUACAGCAGUCAAAAUAUUUAUAAGCAAAAGACUACAGAAGCAAAAAGAAGAGAAAAAUAUAUAUUGUGAUUUUUUUAAGAAAAAUAAUGUAAAAGGGUGAGAUAUUAAAGGAACUGAUUUUUCACGAAUAUUAAGAAGAAGGGGACAAAUAAUGUCACAUGAUUGGGAUGUCUGUGAGAAGUCGUUCUCUCACGAGGGCAGCUUGAAUGAGCAUAAACUUAAUCAGACAGAGGAGAUGCCAUUUCACUGUGACAUCUGUGAUAAAUCAUUUUCUAUAAAUAGUUAUUUAAUUAGGCACAGAUAUAGCCAUUCAGGAGAGAAGCCAUUUCCUUGUGGUGUCUGUGGUAAAUCAUUCUCUUCAGCCAGUAACUUGACUAAACACAACCGUAUUCAUACAGGGGAGAAGCCAUUUAAAUGUGACAUCUGUGGUAAAUCAUUCUGUCAAAGUAAUAACUUGACUGCACACAUACGUAUUCAUACAGGAGAGAAACCAUAUCAAUGUGAUUUCUGUAGUAUGUCAUUCUCCAGCCGAAGUGGUUUAAAUUCUCACAUACCUAUUCAUACAGGGGAAAAUCGAUUUAACUGUGACGUUUGUGAUAAAUCAUUCCUUCAGAGGAAAAAGUUGACUAUACACAAACGUAUUCAUACUGGAGAGAAGCCUUAUCACUGUAAUAUCUGCGGUGUAUCAGUCUCUAACCGAAGCGCUUUAAAUACUCACAUUCGUAUUCAUACAGGAGAGAAGCCAUAUCAGUGUAACAUCUGUAGUAAAUCAUUCUCUCAAAGUAAUACUCUAACUUCUCACAAACGUGUUCAUACAGGAGAAAAACUAUAUUCAUGUAAUAUCUGCGGUAAAUCAUUCUCUGCCAACAAUACUUUAACUUAUCACAUGCGUAUUCAUACAGGAGAGAAACCAUAUCAGUGCAAAAUUUGUAACAAAUCUUUCUCUAUAAAUAGUAACCUAAUUAAUCACAAACGUAUUCAUACCAAAGAGACACCAUUUCACUGCGAUAUCUGUGGUAAAUCAUUCACUCAAAGUGGCAACUUAGUUAUUCACAGACGUUUCCAUACAGGAGAGAAGCCAUAUCAGUGUGACAUCUGUGGUAAAUCAUUCUCUCAUUGUAGUGCUUUAACUUAUCAUAAACGUAUUCACACAGAGAAGCCAUAUCCUUGUGAUAUCUGUGGAAAGUCAUUCUCUAAACAUAGCGGAUUAGCUUCUCACAAAUGUGUUCGUACAGGGAAGAAGGUUCCAAAUUUUGAUGAUGCGAUUGUGAAUUUUCAGAAUGACAUUGUAGGAAAAAUAAUGGAAAAGAGUGAGAAGCUAAAGGAAUGGAAAGGAAGUCAAAAAUUGUCACAUGACUGUGAUGUCUGUAAAAAGUCUUUCUCUCAUAAGAGGAGCUUGAAUAGGCACAGACGUAUUCACACAGGGGAGAAGCCAUUUCACUGUGACAUCUGUGGUAAAUCAUUUUGUACAAGUACUCACUUAAUUAGUCACAGACAUAUCCAUUCAGGAGAGAAGCCAUUUCAUUGUGGUGUCUGUGGUAAAUCAUUCUUUUCAGCCAGUACGUUAACUAAGCACAAACGAAUUCAUACAGGGGAGAAGCCUUUUCACUGUGACAUCUGUGGAAAAUCAUUCUCUCAAAAAUAUAAUUUGACUGCACACAAACGUAUCCAUACAGGAGAGAAACCAUUUCACUGUGACAUAUGUGGUAAAUCAUUCUCUGAAAAAUCCAUCUUGACGACACACAAACGUAUUCAUACAGGAGAGAAGCCAUAUCAUUGUUGUGUCUGUAGUACAUCAUUCUCUAGCCGAAGUGCUUUAAAUUCUCACAAACGUGUUCAUACAGGAGAGAAGCCAUUUCACUGUGACAUCUGUGGUAAAUUAUUCUCUCAAAGUAGUGCUUUAACUUCUCACAAACGUAUUCAUACCGGAGAGACACCAUAUUCCUGUAAUAUUUGUGGUAAAUCAUUCUCGUGGCACAGUGCUUUGACUUCUCACAAACGUAUUCAUACAGGAGAGAAGCCAUAUCACUGCAAUAUCUGUAACAAAUCUUUCUCUUUAAGUAGUACCCUAACUAAUCACAAACGUAUUCAUACAGAAGAGAGGCCAUAUUCAUGUGACAUCUGUGGUAGAUCAUUCUCUCAAAGUAAUAUCUUGACUACACACAAACGUAUUCAUACAGGAGAGAAGCCAUAUCACAAACGUAUUCAUACAGGAGAGAAGCCAUAUCACUGCAAUAUCUGUAACAAAUCUUUCUCUUUAAGUAGUACCCUAACUAAUCACAAACGUAUUCAUACAGAAGAGAGGCCAUAUUCAUGUGACAUCUGUGGUAGAUCAUUCUCUCAAAGUAAUAUCUUGACUACACACAAACGUAUUCAUACAGGAGAGAAGCCAUAUCCUUGUGAUAUCUGUGGUAGGUCAUUCUCCAAACAAAGUGUUUUAAAUUCUCACAUACGUGUUCAUACUGGAGAGAAGCCAUUUCGCUGUGACAUUUGUGGAAAAUCAUUCUCUCAAAAAUAUGACUUGACGAGACACAAACGUUUUCAUACGGGAGAGAAGCCUUAUCAUUGUGGUGUCUGUGGUACAUCAUUCUCUUCAGCCAGUAACUUAACUGCACACAAGCGUAUUCAUACAGGGGAGAAGCCAUUUCACUGUGACAUUUGUGGUAAAUCAUUCUCUGAAAGAAGUAGCUUGACUCUACACAAGCGUAUUCAUACAGGGGAGAAGCCAUUUCACUGUGAUAUCUGUGGUAAAUCAUUCUCUCAAAAAUAUAACUUGACUAUACACAAACGUAUUCAUACUGGAGAGAAGCCUUAUCACUGUGAUAUCUGUGGUAAGUCAUUUUCUCGGAAAUAUGACUUGACUAGACACAAACGUCUUCAUACAGGAGAGAAGCCAUAUCGUUGUGGUGUCUGGUAAAUCAUUCUCUUUAACUAGUACCUUAAGUAAACACAAGUAUAUUGGAUCUUUUUUAAAACGGGGGCCACAUUUUUCAUUAACGAAACACUUUGAAACUUGGAACACUGGUAGAAUGUGUCAUAUAAAACAUCUUUUUCUCUUAGUCUUCUUUAAAAAAAAAGAAAUCCAUAAAUUAUUCCAUGUUAAAGUUGUCGUAUUUCUGUAAUUUCAACCAAUCACUGACGUCCAUUCAGCCGAUAUACAUUAAGUGCCGACAACAUAAACGAUUCUGAAACAAUUAAUCCUAACUCUAACCCUAACCCUAGGGUUAGGGUUAGGGUUAAAGCAAAUUUAAAAUGAAAAAAGCAAAUAAAACGAAGAAUCGUUUGUUUAUGUAGUCGGCACUUAAUGUAUAUCGACUGAAUGGACGUCAGUGAUUGGUUGAAAUUAUCGAAAUAAGACAAUUUUUUACAUGAAAUAAAUUCGAAUACAAAAAUAUUUUUCUGUUCUAUAACACAAAAUAGAUAAGUAUACGAAGUUUGAAAGUCUUUCCGUACCAAAAACACUACGUAAAACAUUAAUGAAAAAUGUGGCCCCCGUUUUAAAAAAAAUCCAGUGUAUUUAUAUAGGGAAGAAGUCAUUUCACUGAGACAUUAAUGGUUUAUCAUUCUCUGUAAGUGGUACAACGACUAACCACAAACAUAGUCAUACUGGAGAGAAACCAUAUCAGUAUGAUGUCUGUGGUACAUCAUUCUCUGACCAAAGUGCUUUAAACUGUCGCAAACGUAUUCAUACAGGGGAGACAGCAUUUUCCUGUAAUAUCUGGCUGUCAUUGAAAAUCUUUAUUUAAAACAAUUUAUUUUAAAUAUGAGCAAAUGCGGUUAAUAAAGGAUUUGAAAAUACAGUCUUUUAGCAUUUGUUUACAUGCAAAAAAUAUAUAUCUAUACACAUAUGAAAUGAUGUUCAUGAUUGCACAUUCAAUACAGUUGUAGAAAUUAAAAAGUAAUAAGCAAAAGUGGUGAUAAAUGACCACUCGGUACUUCUAGUGUUAACUGUGUAUCCAUAUAGAUGUGUGACUAUCAAUGUGACAAUUCAUAAGAACAAGAAGCAUUUUGAGCUCCUCCUAAAAUGGUGAUAGUGUUGUGGGUUUUCUCCAUGGCAACAACCAAGCUACUCAUCAGGGAAUUGCUGUAUUUGUCAAAGUUCCUUCUCUGCCAAAACAGAAAAGAAAAAAAAAUGGACGAUCUCUCUAACUGUAAAUGUAUUCACACAGGAGAAGAGAUAGAACAGUGUGUGAUAACAGCCUCCCCACUCUAUAGUUUGUCACCAUAUCUAAGAUAAUUUACCUGUGGGAUACCUUUUUUAAUAAAAACAAUU